AUGAUCUCCCUGAAAGGAAACAAAGCGCUACUGCUGUUCCUGUUGGCCUCUUGCCUGACCAUAAGCCGUGUCUCCUCGCAGAAUCCUCGGCACGAGAAGUUCCUGAGGCAGCACAACGACUUCCCCCGGACCAAUGUGGCCGGGCAGGAUUACUGUGGGGCCAUGAUGCUGCGCCGGGGGAUGACGAGACCUUGCAAAGACACCAACAGCUUUGUCCAUGCGCCCAGGAGCAACGUGAAGGACAUCUGCAGCAGAGGCGGAACCCAUUACCGCCGGGCCCUGAGGCUCAGCAGGGCACAGUUAUCCGUCACCACCUGCAAGCUGCAGGGAAAUUCGCAGGGCCAAUGCCGCUACUGGGCCCACACGGGACAAAGGCAUAUUGUCAUCGGUUGCGAUGCAUCAGGGUGGCCUGUCCAUUUUGAAGAAAGCAAUUUCAUGUAGGGCAGACUUGCCUUUUCCACUUGCAGCAAGAGCACUAAACAGCUGUAAAAAUCUUUGAAAGCAGGUGUUCCACGGAGCUGAUUCACAACAGAAUUGUCACCUGAAUUUCACUUACCCGAAGUU